AUGGCAUAGAGGGAAAGUCGUGCCGUAUCAACACCGUCAGUAUUUCAGAUAUUUGGGCGCUACUCAGUGGGACGUAUGUGGUGACUCCUCACACACUUUUCAUCAACCUACUUUCGCGGUCAUCCUGUAACCCUAAGCGAUUUUUUUGGUGGACAAACUCCGCGGAGAGCGCAUGGAUCUGAUAACUACCGGUAGGAUGUCUCCAGCUGUCCGGUCCAGGAAUCGACCCCUGCAAGUAAUGCUGAACCAGAAGAAGAUCAAAGCCAGGAGGAAAAAACGCAAAGAGUUGUUGUUAAUCCAGCUGUGCUUUUUGGGUGGUAUGUUUCUGGUAGUCACAGCGCUCUCCUACCUCGCGGACGGGACAGGUUAUGACCUGUCCAGCUUCACGUCCCACGACGCGGACCGGGGCAUUGGUAGGAGAUUGCUGUACAUGUCAGACGACUACAAUAGCACAGAGGAGGACGAGGAGAAGAACUGCACCGCCCCAGCUCUCCAUGAGUUUCCCACAGACCUGUUCACACACAUCCAGCGCACAGAGGGGGCCGUAGCACUGCACGUCCUGUGUGCCAUGUACAUGUUUUGUGCCCUGGCUCUGGUGUGUGAUGACUACUUUGUUCCGUCUCUUGAGAAGAUUUCAGAGCGGCUCCAACUGAGUGAGGAUGUUGCUGGGGCUACGUUCAUGGCAGCGGGCAGUUCUGCUCCAGAGCUCUUCACCUCCGUCAUUGGAGUCUUCAUCACCAAGGGAGACGUGGGCGUGGGCACCAUCGUGGGCUCGGCCGUCUUCAACAUCCUCUGCAUCAUCGGCGUGUGUGGCCUCUUCGCCGGGAGGGCUGUGAAGCUCACCCACUGGGCUCUCUUGAGAGACUCCGCCUGUUACACCAUCUCAGUGAUCGCGCUGAUCGUGUUCAUUUACGACGAGAAGGUGUCAUGGUGGGAAUCGCUGGUCCUGGUCGUGCUGUAUUUCUUCUACAUCCUCAUCAUGAAGUUUAACUCGCGUGCCCAGCGCUACCUGGAGCGGAGGAAGAAGAGCUCGGGGAACCUGUCCAACGGGCUGACGGGCAGCACGGACAUGGAGGACCUGACCUGCGACGCCACGGCGGUCCUGCUAAAGAAAGCUAACUUCCAGUCUCAGCCGUCGGUGCUGAUGGUGGAUGAGCUGCUGUCGGCGUACCCCCACCAGCUCUCCUUCUCCGAGGUCGGCCUGAGGGUGAUGAUCACCGACCACUUCUCGCCGCGCACGCGCCUCACCAUGGCCUCACGCCUGCUCAUCACCGAGAGACAGCGUCUGUCCAACAGCAGGUCGUUCAGCUGCAGCGAGGUGGACAUGGCGGGUGGACGCGCCUACGACCGGCGGGGCCUGGAGAACGGCCUGAGCGUCAUCGACCAGGGCGGUCUGAACGGCCGCUACGCCACGCGCAAGGACGACGGUUUCGGGGGCGGCGGCGGUGGCGGUGGCGGCGGCGCGGGGGCGAAGUCGGGGCGGAGGGACCGGGGGGACGAGACGGAGAACGAGAACGAGGACAACGAGAACAACGAGAACGACGAGGAGGACGGAGACGACGGCGAGGGAGGGCCACUGGUGCCGUUCCACGUGCCAGCGGGCUUCUUCAACAAGCUGAAGUGGCUGCUCAUGUGGCCCCUGUCCCUGGUGCUGUUCUUCUCCGUGCCCAACUGUGCCAAGCCGGCCUGGGAGCGCUGGUUCAUGGUCACCUUCGUCAUGUCCACCGUCUGGAUCGCAGGCUUCUCCUACAUCAUGGUGUGGAUGGUGACUGUGAUUGGGUACACUCUGGGCAUCCCUGACGUCAUCAUGGGCAUCACGUUCCUAGCAGCUGGCACCAGUGUCCCGGACUGCAUGGCCAGUCUCAUUGUGGCACGCCAAGGCAUGGGGGACAUGGCCAUCUCCAACUCCAUCGGCUCCAACGUGUUUGAUAUCCUGGUGGGCCUGGGCCUGCCCUGGGCCCUGCAGACGCUGGCCAUAGACUACGGCUCCUACGUCCACUUGAACAGCAGAGGACUCAUCUUCUCAGUAAUUCUACUACUGGCUUCAGUGUUCUUCACGGUGGUGGGAGUGCACUUGAAUAAGUGGACGCUGGACAAGAGGCUGGGCCUGAUCUGUCUGCUGACGUACGCCGUCUUCUUGUGCUUCUCCAUCCUCAUCGAGUUCAACGUCUUCAUGUUCGUCAACCUCCCCAUGUGCCGAGAGAUCAUCUGACUGUCCCGACCGCCCUCCUCUUGGCUUCUUCUACCCCAAAACCCCCCGCAAGCCUUUGCUCACAUCACUUCCUGUUGUCGUCAGGAAGAUGGUUCACAGUCAAAAAAUGGAUGGAUCGAUUGACUCACGAUUGGUGGAUGGGUUUUGACCCUUGUUUGUGUUUUUGGAGGAGUUAUAGAAAAGAAGUUUGAUUCUUUGGUGCAAUAGAGGCCUGAUGCCUCAUGGGCGCUUGCUUGAUUCAUUAAGGAAAAUACUUGAAGGCAGGAAGAAAACGAAGACUGCAUGUAUCGAUAGACAGAAAGGACCUAUGCUUAAAGAAGAGUCGAAAAGUCACAAUGUUUGAGGCUGCUGUGUUUUUUUUUUACCAGCACUUAAGUUACUAUGGUAACUGAAGAAUGGAUUCGUUCCCUUCAAAAUCAAUUAGGAGAGACUCAGACUUUUGGGACAAACAUGGUCUGACUCCUUGGAAAAACUGGAUCGUUCUGUGUAUAUAUUUAUUGAAUGUCAGGACUAGGACCAUCUCCAAAUAUUUCUCAUCUUAUCAGGGCUUUGUAAUUUUUUUUAGCGAAUCCUGAAUGCGGAAUGAACACACACAAAUACACGGCUGGUUCUUUGUGUAUAGUGAAUCGAAACUUUGACCCUGAGUCACAGCACCUUUUUUCGUUUUUUUUUCUUCUCCCAAACGUGUUUUUUGAACAUUUAAGAGCUAUUUGUUUGUUUGUUUGUUUGUUGUUUCUUUGCAUUUGCCUUGCACUGUUAGGGUCACAAUGUCUGGCCUUUGGGGAUAUGUUUUUUUUUGCGUUAUUUAAGAUAUUUAUGUUUGUGUUAAGUUAUUGGUCAUCUUUUUUAUAUUCUGUGCAAUGCCACCUUAUGGAGUUGAAGCUGCACUCUUAACAUAACGGCACAGUAGACGUAGGAGUCGCAGUAGUAACUACUAUAUGUGUUUGAUCUCCAUAUAACAAUUACCUAUGAAAAUGGUAGUCAUCCACAGUAUAGUUUCAAAAUGCUAUGCCUUUAGUUGUUAAAGUUAAAUGGUGCAACUAUGGCUUUCUUAAGUACUUUAAGUGUAGGGUGCAAAACACAUCUUUCCCAGGAAGAUUGGUAUGGGCACAAAUGUAUACAUGUAAGACUGAAAGGUAUAGACACUGGAGUAACCAAACCUAAGAUAUUUUAUUUAUGUAUAUAUUUAUGUAUAAACAUAUUUAUAUGCGAUAGUGGUCUGCGCUCUGCACUCUUUCGUCUGAACUUAAGCAGACCUUUAUGUUUUAUUUAUUUGGCUGCAUUAUGUCAGGCACAAUGCAGUGUCCUAUAAAACUGUUUGUAAAACGCAGUGUUGCAAAGACAAGACGUGAAAUAGAGAUGUUGAUAUUUUAACACUGUAAGAGAUUCUUUUGUAUAAUUCUCUAAAUGUAAAAGUAUUGCCAGGUUUGCAAAAACAAUUGCAGUUCUUUGGCCAUGUGAUUCGACCACAAGAGGGCAAUGUGCUAGUGUAGUUGGAUGCAACAGGCCUGUGUGAAUCCCUCUUAGGGGUCUUGUGGGAAAGAUUGUAUUUAAAGGUAAGUUAAGUUGAUGUGAUUGUGAAUUCAGACACGCAGCAUUUGUUGACCACAACAUGUGAAUGCAUGACUGCAAAUAGCCCCGAGAUGUUAUUAUAUAUAUCAGAAGUCAUUUUAUGUUAUCAAAAGUUAAGGAAAAAUAUUAUGUAGUGCCAAUCAUUAAUACUACACCGUUUGGUCACUCGUCGUGUCAUAAUGUUUCACAGUUUUAAAUGUAGUUGUUUGCAGUUUUGUGAUAUAUGUAUUAUUGUAUUUGUAUCAGUAAUAAUGAACGUUGACACAGUUUUUUUGGUACUUUCAGGAAGAUGACAAAUUGGUGCAUGUUUCUUUUCUCAUAAGUCUACUGAAUGCAUAUAAGGACUAAAACGCGCUGUAUCAAUCACCAUGUACAUAUCAGUGAAAAAGAUAGGUUUACUAUCUCAGUAACAUAUUUGCAAUUGUUUAAAAGAGUCAACUGGUGUUAGGGCUAUGGUUUCUUAUCAUACCUCCUUUUAGUUCCAACAUGUCCAUUUGUUGUCCUCAGUUCGCGAUUUCAUUGACAUUUUUAUGCGCAAAAGAAGCCAUUUGUACGACAGUUUGAUGCCUUCGGGCAAUAAAGUGGUUUACAUGCAGUA